AUGCCUCAAGCAACUUCUCUCCCGGACGACGAAAUUAAAUACUCGAGCGAUGUUUUAGAGCCCUCUGUUCAAGCCGAAGCUCUACAGUCGACGAGUCGAUCAGCCCUCAAACUUUACUUGGUGACAGUUAUGAGCUCUGUUAAUGGAAUGGAACAAUAUUUGAACUACUUCAAGCUCAGCGGAAAAGACGCAGGAGGUGGGGUGGGGAGCAUCACAGGCUUAAUUUUUGCCAUGUUCACGCUUGGUACUUGUGUGACUGCACUUGUUGCGGGUCCUUUGGCGGAUCGGUUUGGAAGGCGUGGGGCUAUGUUAUGCGGCGGGAUAUUGGGUGUCCUCGGUUCUGUGGUAGUGACCUUUGCACAAGAUGUAGCCUACCUAAAGGGUGGCCGUUUCUUCAUUGGAAUGUCUACCGCUUUGUUGCAAGUCAGUGCGCCAAUGUAUGUGACUGAGAUUUCUCCUCCUCAGGCAAUGGCGAGGUCGAAUGACUGGUGUAUACGCUGGUACGUGACAGCUUCAAGGCAUCUUCAAUCUUACUCGCCCACAGCAAUUGCUAUCAUCGCUUCGAUAUUCAGUGGUGCAGUGACCACAGUCUCUUGCAAAUGGGCCACCACGCUUUCUUGGAGACUGCCGUUAGGUCUGCAGAUUAUCCCAGCCACUGGUGUUGCCUUAUUCUCCAUGUUGAUUCCUGAGUCUCCACGGUGGCUGAUGUCCGUUGGUCGCACAGGCGAAGCCAAAAGAGUCCUCCGCGAAUAUCAUGGAAAUGGCAACGACCACGCGCAAUUAGUCAUUUCACAAUUGGAUGAGCUUACACAGUCGAUCAAAGCGGAUGCUGUCAGAAAAUCUUGGUGGGACUACGCAAGUCUGUUCCAAACCAAAGGCGACUGUCGGCGCAGCGCGCUCAUCCUCCUCUUGGCUUUUUGUAGCCAAUGGGCUGGCAGUGGCCUCGAGUCCUUCCUUGUCGUUUUACUUGCACACGACCACAUCAGCACGCAGCAUCUCAGAAUUCUCCUCAGCCUUGUCAACAAUAUCAUUGGUUCUGGUGGGGCACUUCUUGGGGCGUUUUUCUCCGAUAAAAUUGGUCGUCGGCACUUUUGGUUCUGGGGCACAGUCUGUUGUACUGCCUCAAUUCUUAUUUCUGGUGCUUGCACAGCGGUUGCCGACACAAAUCUUGCAGCGGCCAACGCUGCUAUCACAUUCCUAUGUUGGGCUGUUUUACAGCGACGAUUCUAUGCUCAAUCUCAUGUAGUCAUAUUCAAUUUCUUCUUCUGCGCAACAUAUGUGCCCUUACCAGCCACGUAUGUCCCAGAGUGUUUGACGUUUGAAAAACGUGCAAAUGGUGUCGCAAUGUAUACCUUGUGUGCCUCAUUAGCUUCAUUGGUCAACACCUAUGCAACCCCAGUUGCUCUUGCAAACAUACAGUGGAGAUUGUACUUUGUUUUCAUCGGUUGGGAUGUGUUUGCUUGCAUCCUAAUAUUCUUUUUCGCCGUUGAGACGUCAGGAAAAACUUUGUGCGUUGUUUUUGAUCUAUUCCCGGCAUUUCUCACGAGAGAUGCUGCAGGGAAGAGCUUGAGAGGAUUUUUCGGGGCUCCGAUGCUCGAUUGUAGAAGGUCCCUGAUGCGAACAAAGACAUGCGUAAUCUGUCUGCUCAAAUGUGGCUGUGGCCGGCUCUUGUCUUCGGCCAUAACCGCCUACAUGCCAGCAACGCACAACGAAAUCUUACAACAGUUCAGGAAAGAGGUGGAAAGCGAAGGGAUCCUGAAAGACGGUGAUACCAUCGGUACCGAUGAUGAAACUCUGCUUCGAUUCUUGCGUGCACGCAAGUUUGAUAUUAAACAAUCAAAGAAAAUGUUAGCGGAGGCUCAACAAUGGAGGAAGACCGUCCGUUUAGAUCAACUCUACGCAGAGACCGAUCCCUUCGAUUAUCCAGAACGAGACGCUGUUUUCAACUGUUGGCCAUUAUAUUUCCAUAAAUUGGACAAGAAAGGUCGCCCAGUCAAUAUCCACCACCUAGGUGUUGUCGACUUUCCAAAGCUUUACAAGACGUGCACUCCGGAGCGACAUUUCGAGUCUCUUCUGGUCAAUGCGGAGUGCCUUCCGCGCGAAGUUCUCCCCGCAUGUUCACGUGUGGCUGCUGCCCCAGUUAGCACAGUGCUUGUGAUAAUAGAUUUGACCGACUUCAGUAUGAGUAAAUUCUGGCAAAUGAAAUCGCUUGCCAGAACUUCUUUCCAAAUAUCUCAAGAUUAUUUUCCGGAAACUAUGGGGCAACUUAUAAUUGUAAAUGCACCGUCGUCGUUCACUUUCAUCUGGUCAAUGAUGAAGCCCUGGCUGAGCAAAGAGACAGCUGAGAAGGUUGACAUUAUUGGCCACGACUAUCAGAGUGCACUGCUGGAUGUCGUUGAUGCGGAUGCUCUCCCAGCGGUACUUGGAGGUGAAUGUCGCUGUGAAGAAGGCUGUCAUCUGAGCUCCGCGGGCCCAUGGCUCGAUGACCGCAAAGGUUGGGGUCCGAAAGCAAACUCCAAACUUCAGAAUGGUGAUCUUCAAGUCAAAGAACUUGGCGUCAAGUAG